AUGGCUGGAAGCAGCAACGGAUCAUCUUCUUCUUCUUCUUCUUCUUCUUCAUCAGCUGCGGACAACAUCUGUAGAUUACCAGAAGACCAGCUCUUGUCAAUACUGUUACAUUUGCCUGUAGACUCCAUACUCUGCUUUGGGAUAACCUGCAAAAAACUGAGGUCUCUGAUUACUCAAUCUGAUGCCCUUUGGGAAUCCAUCUGCAGGAGAGAUUGGGGUGCUUCUUUUGUAGAUGUUCUUAUCAAUACCACCAACACCAACAUCCAAUGGAAGAAGCUCUAUCAGCAAGUUUAUCGGUUGGAUUCUGUCUACUGUCAUGGCAGCCUCUUGGACAAGGAUGUGCCUAGCCCUAGAGCUUCUCACUCCUUGAAUUUUGUUUCUGGAUUUCUAGUUCUCUUUGGUGGUGGCUGCGAGGGAGGUCGGCAUCUUGAUGAUACAUGGGUAGCUUACAUGGGGGAUGACUUUAAGAAAAUAUUAAAGUGGCAAAAGGUUGGUUCUGGCAUUCCUACUGGGCGUUUUGGGCAUUCCUGUGUUGUAGUUGGCGAUGCUCUUGUACUGUUUGGUGGGAUCAGUGACUUAGGAAUUAGGAAAAAUGAUACCUGGAUCGGAAAACUUAUGUUGCAGGCUGACACAUUUGCUGUCACAUUGUCUUGGAGGCUGCUAGAUGUGGAAAAUUCAGUGGUGCCACCACCACGUGGCGCCCAUGCUGCAUGUUCCAUCGACAAGAAGAAAAUGCUCAUUUUUGGAGGGAUUGGCCCCUCUGGCACCCGGCUUGGGGAUACCUGGAUGUUAGAACUCUCAGAAAACCUGUCAUGUGGAACUUGGCUUCAAAUCAUGGCUUGCCCAUCUCCCCCUUCACGGUCUGGACACACUUUAACUCACAUUGGUGGAGAAAAUUCUAUCUUAUUUGGAGGGAGGGGAUCACGUUACGAUGUGCUCGAAGAUGUGUGGCUAUUUGAAGGAGGAUAUCCGGGUCAAUGGAGAUGGAGGCAUAUAGUUUUUGACUUGCAGAGCAUCCCACAAGGAUUAUCCCUCCCGCGAGUUGGUCACUCAGCCACGCUUAUAUUAGGCGGCCGGCUGCUUAUUUAUGGUGGCGAAGAUUCAUACAGGCAUAGAAAGGAUGACUUUUGGGUAUUGGACAUUAAAAUGCACCCCACCAUCAGUCUCAAAAUGUGGAAGAGAUGGAAAGCAACAGGGAAUAAACCUAUGUGUAGGUCAUUCCAUCGAGCUUGCGCUGAUGAUUCAGGAAGGUACUUGUAUGUGCUUGGUGGGAUGGUGGAUGGCUUGCUUCAUCCUGGUGAAGCAGUAGGACUGAGGUUUGAUUCUGGGCUGUUCCUUGUGGAGCUUUUGCUUUGA